AUUACAGUCAUCUGUAGGCAGUGGGAUAGAGCCAGUGGCUUCAAUGGAGCUUUCUCUUACAUUAUCAUACGCUCUACCACGUCGACCAACUUACCGGUUCAUUCACCGGCCGGUUCAAUGCUCUACCCAACGCCGUGACCUCUUUAACCGCAUUGCUCCUAUUUACGAUAACUUAAAUGAUCUGUUAAGCUUGGGUCAGCAUCGAGUAUGGAAAAGAAUGGCAGUGUCAUGGAGUGGAGCAAAAAUGGGAGAUUGUGUACUGGAUUUGUGUUGUGGAAGUGGGGAUUUGGCGUUUCUUUUGUCUGAGAAAGUUGGAUCUCAGGGCAAGGUGACGGGUCUAGAUUUCUCAAAGGAGCCGUUGUCAAUUGCAUCAUCGAGGCAACAAUUGCUCUUUAAACCGUGUUACAAGAAUAUUGAGUGGGUUGAAGGCGAUGCACUUGAUUUACCAUUUUCUGAUGGUUACUUUGAUGCCAUCACUAUGGGUUAUGGACUGAGAAACGUAGUAGAUAAGCGUAAGGCCAUGCAGGAAAUCUUUAGAGUUCUGAAAGAAGGUUCUAGAGUAUCUAUCCUUGACUUUAAUAAAAGCACUGUACCAUUUACUGCCUUAGUUCAGGAAUGGAUGAUUGACAAUGUUGUCGUCCCAGUGGCUGCUAGUUAUGGCCUUGCAGACGAGUACAGAUAUUUGAAAAGCUCAAUCAAUGAAUUUUUAACAGGUAAGGAACUGGAGAGGCUUGCUUUGGAAGUAGGUUUCUCUAAAGCCAGACAUUAUGAGAUUAGCGGUGGACUCAUGGGAAACUUAGUAGCCACACGCUAAAAUUCCGCUUAUUAUUUUCUUUGCAAGUUUCAAAUUUUCUAAAGGAGUAGGAAGAAUGUUCUAGAGAUAUGAAGGGCUGAUAUAAUCAACAACCUAACAUCUCCCCUCUUUUCUCUUCUUUAAUAAAUACACUUUGGCAUCC